AACUCUAUAUUUCUCGGUCAGAAAAGAGAAGAAACCUUUAGGAAACUACAACAAUUGGAGCUAGUGAUGCAAAAAGAAGGUCAAUUUUUAUUACAGACCUUGCAUAAAUUGGAUGUGAGAAAAUCUCGAGUACGACAAAGAAUCGUUUACUUAAAAACUUUAGCUAGUUUAAAUAAUAUACAAAUUACUAAUAAUAAUUAAAUUAGAAUAUAUAAUAAUUAAAUUUAAAUGUAAUUUAAGACGCAAAUUGUAAAAACAAAAAAAGUUAAAGUUUCUAUUGCAAAAAAUAUUAUAUAUUGUAAAUAUACACACGUAUUUAAAUAAUAGAUUUUAAAUAUAUGUAUAACCAUUUAAAAUCCUGUUGCUUUUGUCUAAACAUAUACCAUGUUUUUUGUGUGUGGAAUAUGUACUUCUAUAGUCCGCUGAGCAGAUGCAAAGUGUAAGUUUAGAAAAAAGAUUAUGAAAAAUAAUUCGAAUACAAUGAUCUUCAAAUACAAAAGAAAAAAGUAUGAUUUCUUUGAAGGAUCCUCUACUUUGUUUGGUAAAGCGUUAUACCGCUCAAGGUAUACAAACAUAUUGUCAUUCAUACACGCCCACAGAACAUAACAAAACGGUUGGUGGUCUCAUGUACAACUGAACGUUCUACCAACUAACCGACCGACCGAUCAAACAACCAACAACAAGUGUUAAUAAAGAUCAUUGAAGUUUAUGCAGAGAUUUUUGCAUUAUUGUGCACAUUCAAGAUCAUUCAUGUCAUAAAUGUUGUUCUUUGUUUUUUUUUAUGUCACCAACAACUACAAUUAAUACGCGUUCACGAUCCAAUCCGAAAAUGUGUGUGCAAGUAAGUAGCAUCUGUUCUUAAAAGGUGCAACUAGUUAAACUAAACAGGUAGACUAAAGGAUUAGUUAAAAUGCAAAUCAGUAGAUAGACGGACAUACAUACAUACUCUAUAUGGAUUGUAAAAAUAACAAUAAAUACCUAAAAUACCUGUUAGCUUAGAAAAAGGACAGGUUGCUAGUUAGUUAGAACAGCGACAGGAGUUUAGUGUUUUUGCUAUAUAUACCAGACAUUUGAAUGAAUAGAGCACAGUUCAGUUUAGAACAUCUUCGAGAGUAAACUAAAAUUAAAUACAUUUUCCUAUAAUAAAUAUCCAAACAUGACUUUGCAAGAAAUCUUAGAUAAAAAUCUAUCUGCAGCUGAUUCGAAAAUGGCACAUUAUAUAGGCUUUGAUUUGCGUAUAGAUUUACUUGUACAACGUCAGUCACAAAGUACAUCCAUGUUUGAACGUCUAAAAGUUAUCAUCAAUCAAAUAACGGAAAAUUGCAAAACACAUUCCACGGAGGAAGAGCAAAUAUCACCCAAAGUUCCGGCCUUUUUAGCGGAUCAUAAUUAUGCCUUUUCCAAUACGUCGUCGGGUAUAUCCUCAGCAUCUUCUUCGCCACCGCUACCCUUAUCUUCUGCAUCGCCCUCGUCUUCCUCUUCCGGCGAACAAGAAAAUACCAGAUUUAAGAGAUGCCAAAAAGUUUCUGCCAAACGCAAAAUAAUUGAUGACGAUCAAGAAUUUUCCGUGGAUGAUGAGGACAUGUCGUUGCCAGAGGAGGAGCAAAGCCAGCAAUAUCCUCAACAAGUUGAUGAAAACAUUAUUUUGGGCCCUAAUGGUACACAAGUUGAUGUGCUUUCCUACAACAGCAUCAUUUGGUCCUCAGCUGCAUCGGCCACACGCCAACUUUUGGGUUUUGUCUUUAGCAGUGAUGUUUUGGCUACGCACACUCUAACUGGCAAACCAUCGCCCGCCUUUUAUGGCCGCGAAAGACCGGCAAAAAUGCAAUUGGAUCCCAUUAAGGCAGCCGAUAUCAUACACUGCGUACGCUCCAAGUUCAAGUGCACCGAACGAGAAAUUAGAGCAGCCAUCACCACUAAAUGUUCCGAUACUUCAAAAAAGUACAAGAGACGCCAUCAAAAACAAUUGGAAUCUUCGCAAGUUGUGAAUUAG